AUGAAAGGCAUUAAUGGUAGUGGAGGCAGCAGUGCGAGGUUGCACGGCCAGGACGGGGCGGUCUCGAUUUUUUCGGCCUAUGCAUGGAAAACCGAAAAACCAUGUUUCCCGCACCCCAGCAUCCCAACCACCCAGGCACCAGCAGCUCAGAGCGCCCCAGCCCCCAAAACAAACCCCCCAAGAGCGGCGAAGACCACAGCCCCAAAGAAGGCCACAGUCAAACAGCCAAAGAAAGCUAAAGAAACUCCAAGCCGCGAAGUCGUCGAAACAGCGACCGAGCUCGGCCAACAAGACCCAGAAAUGGCAAGAGCCUUGGGAGCGACACACACGAUUGAGGACGCAGGAAGAGAGGAAGAAGACGAUGGCGCCAUUAUCGAACUCCAAGAAGAUCCGAGGGUGGCAAAAGAGAGAGCCGCGGACAUGAUUCUCGAGAAAGCGCUCAAGGCACAAGAGGAGGGCGACGAAGGAAAGGCCGACCAAUUGUUAGGGAUGUGGGACAACUAA